AUGACAGCGCCCGACACAGGAAUUACAAUCACACCCAAAUCACAACAAUCAGCUCAUCACCGUCACCUUCCCACCCACACGCCCACCGAUCCCCGACCCACCCACUUAUCUCUGACCCCCCAUCCCCUAACCAGCCCACCCACACCCCUUAUAUGCCCUAAAAUACCCACUCCACCCAACUUUUAUACCCACGGCUAUUCACCCACCCCAAACCCCUAUGCUCAGAACGCCCACCAACCCACCCACUCCAGCUCCUACAACACAACCCACCCGCCCACCCGAGCUCCUAUACCAGAACCCACCUGCCAGACCAUAUGUCAAAACUCAUCCAAACCCCAAUAA